AUGGGGUGCUAUACGCCUAGCCCCUUGCUCGACGGCCUUCCGUUCGAUGUGCUGGAGCGCAUCUGCGACUAUCUCCCGUACUGCGAUGGCAGGCGCCAAAGCCUGUUUUCCUUCUCGCUCGUCAGCAAACGUUGCUGCGCUUCAACAACAAGGCAGCGCUUUGCGCGCAUGACAAUCACAACUCGGACCAGAGAGCAGUUUCAGUCGGACGUGGCACGAUGGAGCGCCAUCUUGAGCCUUAGGCAGAGCAUGGGCUAUGUGCGACGAGUUACCGUCAUUGGUUACAACCCUCUGUUCCCCGAUGAAGCAUACGACUAUGCUAGAGGUCAAGAAGAAGAACGGUGCGAGUUAGACGGCGACCAGCAAGUAGAUGACGAAAGCGGAUGGGGCCACCCGCCCGACCGAUUCUUCUAUCCGCCCGCUGAACCUUUUCAUUGGGUUAGACCGUAUGGCACACAAGCAAGAGACAAUAGAGAUCAGCAAGACGACCUGUGGCACACAUUCGUUCAAUUGCUCAAGAGCCUGCACGGUCUUGUUGACUUCAUCUUUGCGUCGGCAGAGCAGUUGCCGAGGGGCAUCCUCGCCGCGCUCCACCAUCGCCAUCCUCAAAGUCGUCUUCAUAUGCCCGUCUUUGACCUGAGAAGCCUCCGGUACGUCAAGGAGAGCCCGCGCCAAAUCGACGACGAUGACUGGGCUCUCGCAACAUCGCCGUGCCUGUACAGCCUGGUCGCGCAGCACUCGGGCUAUUUCCCCGGCCUUUAUGGCCAGGAUUUCCGACAAGCGGGACAUGCAAUCGCAUCGGUCGUCCUUAUACGCUUGUACUAG